UCUGUGCUGUGUGGACUGCAUCUGGUGUUGAACCCUACAGUAUUCUACUCCUGGAUGUAUAAACAGCCUUCCCUAUUCCUCCUAGUACUGCCACCGCCCUCUCCGUUGUAGGGUCUGUACCCAGGCUAAGAUGCGUCCAUUGCGGGUCUACCUGCUGGCCCUCCUCCUGUUGGCAGGGAUCUGGCUGUCUGGUGCCAGUGUAUCCGACAGCUUUAGAGACUGCAGACAGUUUUUCUACAUGAGGGCAGCACCAACAGGCAUCGACGGGACCAGGGACAGCCUCAAGAGGAUCUGCCAGCGCUACGGGGACAAGGCGCGCUACGCCACCCUGUACGACGGCAGCCGUCGCCUGCCCCUCUACUCAGCCUACACCUUUAAGAAGAACGACGGGAAGAAGAGGAUGGACACGCCCUGGAUGUACGAGCCACAGCUGGUGUCUGGGAAUGAGGGUGGGAACAUGAAGGUGCUGCCCCCUAGUGAUGACCCGGAGCCUCUGAUCCAGGAGAGCCAGGCGGUGCUAGAGGACUACUCAGACGCCGUGGAGUACUCCCGAGGCCUGCUCAACCCAGACCAGCACCAGGCUGACCCAGACGAUAAGGCCUCCACCUACACCCUGACCAACGUGGUACCCCAGAUCACAGACUUCCUGGAAGAGACCUGGAGCUCCUAUUUGGAUACCGUGCGCCACCGCCUCAAUAACUUCUGCCGCGGAAAGCAGUCCUACGUGGUAACCGGGGUGACAGUCUCCGGGGCGACCAUACGUCGGGGGAACGAGGACCGCAUGGGGAUCCCCAAACACGUGUGGUUGGCUUACUGUUGCCCACGGUUCGACCGUAACUCUCCCUACGAGGUGCGUUUCAUGUUCCCUAGCUAUGGUGCCUAUGCACUGAAUGAACAGGAGGACCAUGGCGUCAUGGAGGUGCCUUUAAAGACACUGGAGAGCUUUCUGAAGAAACAAACGGACAUGGAUAGUAAUCUGGCUAUCUUCUACGAGGACUGUGUGUCAGAGAACACCUUCAAAAAGAAGAGGAAGAGAUUAAACCCCAGCGUGGACUCCUCCUUCAGGGAAUGCAGCCAGUUCCUGUACAGGGGCCUGGCCCCAAGGGGCCUCCAGGGGACUCAGGGCCUCCAGAAGGUUUGCCAGCAUUACGGGGACAAGGCGCGCUAUGCCACCCUGUACGACCCAGCAGGCAGGAUCCCCCUCUUCUCCGCCUACACCUUUAAACGCUCCAAUGGUGAGAGCAGGGAAGGUCUGCCCUGGAUGUACGAACCACAGCUGUCCAGUGGCUCUGGGACGGGUAACAUGCAGCCCUUCCCCGGUUCUCCCUCCAGCCUCCUGGCCCUAGAGGAGAGCCAGGCGGUGCUGGCCGACUACUCCGACGCAGUCGUCUACGAGCGUGGCCAGCUGAAUCCCGACCAGCACCAGGCCAGUCCUGGGGACAAGGCCUCGACCUACACCCUGACCAACGUGGUUCCCCAGGCUAAGGAGUUCCUCCACCACCACUGGCUACCCUACCUGGAGGGCAUCCGCAAACGCCUCAACAACUAUUGUCGUGGAACGGCUUACAUCAUCAGUGGCGUCACCACCACUGGGAACACCAUCCGGAGAGGUAACGUUCACCGGGUGGGGGUACCCAAACAUCUGUGGACAGCCUACUGCUGUCCUGAUUUUGAUCUCAGUGCGCCGUAUGAGCUCCGGUACAAGUUCCCUACUUAUGCAGCCUACGGGCUUAAUGACGUGGUAGAUAACGCGGUCACGGAGACGUCGACGAAGAGCGUGGAGGCGUUGGUGAAUCGAGAGAUGGCUGUGGAUCAGGACUUUCAGCUGUUCAAUGGAAACUGUGUACCUCUCAUUCAGAACUGCCGGCACCAAGAACUCAGAGCAGGUACAGAAACACACACAAGUACUGAGAGGGACAGAAAGACUGAGGGGGAACCAAGAGAGACAGAAAGACAGACUAGCCAAGUCACCAUGGCCCCACUCUGGGCACAGGCCUUCCUCCUGGUCACCAUGGCGAUGACGGAUGUCCAGGGAACGGUGGAGAAGGAGCUCUCUCCAGAGUGCAGGGAGUUCCUGUACAUGGGGACGCCACCCGUGGGCCUGGAGGACCACUCGCUCCAGAAGAUCUGCCAGCGCUACAACAACAAGCCGCGCUACGUCACGCUGUACGACACGGCCAACCACGUCCCCAUCUACUCCGCCUACACCUUCAAACGCUCCGACGGGGAGAAAAGGGUGGACGUGCCCUGGAUGUACGAGCCACAGCUGUCCACAGUUUCUGACACCAGGGAGAUGCAGCCGUUCCCGCGCGGCUACAUGCACAGGAACUUUGAGGACGCCCAGGCCAUCCUGGACGACUACACCAACGCCGUCCUCUACGAGCGUGGCCACCUCAACCCUGACGAGCACCAAGCCGACCCAGACGACAAGGCCUCCACCUACACUCUGACCAACGUGGUGCCCCAGGUCAGAGAGUUCAGCGCGGGCACCUGGAAAGAGCAGGAGCACGUGAUCCGUAAGCGCCUCAACAACUACUGCCACGGCACCGCCUACGUUGUCACCGGAAUCACCACCUCAGGGAACAUGAUCCGGCGCCAUAACAUUGACCGCGUGGCGGUCCCGACGUACCUGUGGUCGGCCUACUGCUGUACCGACUACGACCACAACGCGCCGUACGAUGAGCGCUACAAGUUUCCGGCGUUCGCCCACUACGCCCUCAAUGAGAAGGAAAACAACCAGGUCCUGGAGCUGUCCAUCAAGAAACUGGAGGAGUUCCUCCAGAGGUCCACCUUCGUGGACAAGAACUUCCAGAUCUUUGUGGACGACUGUGUCCCGCCUGCCUUUGCUCUGCAUUAGGUCCCCUGGUCUCUCAGUGGACUUGCCUCCCCAAACCCCAAGACCUUACAUUUAAUUUACACUUCCUGCAAUGGAAACAAGUAGUCAACAAUAUAGCAGUCUUCUUCAAUUGCUGUUAUUGAUAGAUUGAUUCAUGUUUUUUUCCCCCUCUCCAAAUACUUUCUGCAAAGAUCACGUUGGCCAAAAUGAUGUUUCCAUCUGUGUCUGGUUACAUAAAGUUCACCCACCUUAUGACCUAUAACGUGGCAUUAGCAAGGUUCUUAUUCAGAGCAACAUUCAGUUUGUGCGUGGGAGGGGUGUCAUGUGACCUGUGAAGAAAAUAACAUACCAGCUCAAAUAAAGUACAACAUGACAAUAGAGGUUGUG